CCGGUGCCAUGGUUCGGCCAAGCUCUGAUUGGGAGUGCUGGACAAUCGAGCCAAUCAUAAAGACUGAUAAAUGUCUUAACCUCAGCCGAAGAUUACUUGCUAUGGCCAUUACAGCAAUGAGCUUCAAACCGGAAUCCAACUCAGAAUCGAAACGUCGGCGAGUCUUCCGCUUGUUGUGGAAUUAUCAUGGUUCUCGAUACGUCCUCGGAUAUGAGUCACCAACGCGACAUGGACAAAACGUUAUGUUUAUGGAACAAGAAUCCAGAUUGCGGUGAACACUGGGAAUUGAAGCAAGUGCAGAGUGGCACAUAUAUAUUUACCGUGCCUGGGACGGGGCUGGUCUUAGGAGUUAGAGAUGGCAUUGUCCGACUUGAAUUUGCUCGAGGUCUCCCUACUCAAGAAUGGUUAAUCACCCGAGGUCCGUUACAGGGAAUUGUACACGACGUGCCAUAGAAUUAUAGAUAUCUACAUGUAAAACACUCGCCCAGCAGCCAGGCGAAAGAUUUGGAUUUGAUCGCAAAUAAGUUCAUUCGGACUCUUUGUACUUCAAUAUGUAUCUUAGACUUGCUGAUCAUAGCACGUGUACUAGCGGUCCUAGGCCUGUAGUUGCAGGUAGUCAAUGGC